CAAAAGAAACAAAUUUCAGUAAGACAUUUUUACAAAACUUUUUCAAGUGUAGUGCAGAAGCGAUAAAACAAAUGGAAAAUAUAGGCGGAAAAGAGAAAAUGGAAGCAGCUAUUAGAGGAAAUCAUGAAGCUGAGAUGUGCUAUGGAGGAGAAGCUGAUCUACACAAACAUGUUGCUGGCUGUAUGAAGAAUCCAGGUCACAAAGGUUUUAUACCUCUUAAAGAUUUCAACACAAAUUAUCUCCCCUCACGUUACAAUGACAUCGAGCUCAUGUUUGAGACAAUCAAAACAUUGGCAGCCGUAACUGUCCAGGUAAAGACUAAAUUCACCAGUCUAGAGAGACCAGAGUUUUACCCAGGCACUCAAGUUCCAUAUCCAUGUUAUAAUGACAGAGGAAGUCACGUGAUGAGGUUAGGGACGGGGAGGGUGUGGAGUGUGGAUAAGUACACAGAGAAUGACAGAACUUGUCGUUGUGCCAAGUGUCAAGUCUCUGCCACACCCAGCAAAGUGUGGGGGGAGGUUCAUGUGUUGACAGCCACACACGUGUGUUUGAUGACAGUGAGGCGAGACAGACCAGGUGUGUUUUAGGUUUUGAUGACAAUAAAAGUCCAGUGGUCAGUCUUGAUGGCUGGGAGGUUAGGUGGCCAGACAUUGAAAGUGACAGGUGUGAGUUGAGAUAUGUGACAUGUGACUUAGAGUUGGUUGAUGAACUUGAUAACAUAUGUCGUUACUUUGUUUAUCUAUGUGAGGAAGUAAGAAAUAUAUACAGAAAAAUCGUUGAUGUGGCCAAGUUAACCGUUAUAGUGUCACAUCCUCAUGGCUGUCCUAAACAGGUCUCUGUAGGACGAUGGCCACACAAACAUGAGAGGGAUGGCGUGUACACCAGGUACUGGUACACAACAUGUACAUGUCCUGGCUCCAGUGGAGCGACUGUCUGCAGGCUGGGAUAUUGCGAGUGGUGGCUUCCCCACAGUGGAUCAAACCCUGAGGGAAACUAUAGUGGGGAGUGGGUGUACUGAGGAUGACACAAA